AUGCCGUUCGUGGAAAAGGUGAAAAGCGCGUUUGGCAGAGGGGAAGUGAAUCCAGAUGCGCAAAUCGCCGCAGCUCACGCCGCCGGGGGCUCUGACAGAGCUGGAGCUGUGCAGGCAAAUGCACGCCGGUAUGAGAAGUUAUGGGAGGCUUACCAGAAUCUUGGCGAGAUCAUCCAGGUCAGAAACCAAGAGAUUGCCGAUGCAAACCAGAGGAUAAGGAACAUCAAGGAUCAGCAUCAGCAAACUUUGGCGUCACUGCAAUCUUAUCACGACCAGGAGGUGACGCAGCUCAACGAGAAUCUGCGCAAACGCGAGGAAGAAAGUGAUCAGGCAAUAUACCAAGCAAGGUCUGACCACCGACAAGAAGUCGACAGGCUCAAGCAAAAACAUGGCACAGAUCGAGCUGACCUGAUCCAACACCACACCGAAGUAGUGGACAGGAUGAAACGGCAGCAUGAACAGGAGACUCAAAGUCUCGACAAGAAUGUGCGAGAACUCAAAGGCGCUCUACUGAAGCGUGACGACGGCGUCUACCAAGCAAAGGUGUUCACGCCUUCAGGCAUUCCAAACAAGCCAGACGACAAGAUUCGAAGCCAAUUUUCGGAGGUUCAGCAGAUCGUAGACAAUCUCAGCAGGAUGAGUUGGAAACCGGAUCAGAGCGUCUGGAAUGGUGAGCUGCUGGAAACAAUCAGUGUCCGACACGGCCAGAGGUUGGUGUGUAAAGUAAUUUUGCAAGAUCUCAUAUGGUAUGUCCUACCCGAAGCCACCGACCAUCUAGCCAUCCAGGACAGUCCAGAGCCAUCAAGCAACGAAAGUUACAAUUGGCCCGCGCCUGGCAUCAAAGCCGAGCGGUGGCGCUACUUCACAAUGAAAGAAUGCCGUGAGAUAUUGCCCCAGAAGGCGUUAUCGGCGUAUGACCGGCGAGGGCUAUUGAAGACGGGUUUCAUAACCAGUGUUGAGAGCCUGGCAACCGAGAUGAGGUCUGAACUCUCUAACGUCGCGGACUUCACCGAUUCGCAUCAGCAGCUGGUCAAGAGCCUGUCGGUCGAAGCGGCGACUACCUGGCUCGACUUCGAAACGUACCGGUGUCGUAUCAUGGUCCGCUUGACUGGCUCAGCAAUCUCGAGUGCAGAGGAGAAAGUGGCACAAGCCAAGGAAGGGAUGCUGACCUUCACGAGGUUGCCGUCGGUCGGCCGGUAUGGGACCGUCGAAGGAGUUGAGCUGGAGAACUUCACGACCAUCAAUGGAUGUGGUGGAGAGACAUUGACCGUACCUUGA